AUGGAGUCCUUUCGAGCUGGACUAGAGAGCAGAAUGGCAUCUCGACCACGACUGUCAACCCCGGCCAAGGUCCUGGUCAGAGUCAAGAAGAAGCGCCCGACCAUCUCAGCACCAAUUGGCCCCAUCAAGAACUCUCGCGGCCCCGAUCUCACUCGCAGCGAGAACUUUAUGAUUGUCCCCGGCAUCAAGGACUGUACCUCCGACGAGAUCUUCUGCGACAAUGACGACGUCGAAGCGAAAAAGGCUGCGAGACGCAUUUCGGCCGGCUUCUCUGACCACGGGUCCCUGGCCAGUCCCCCGACUGUUGCCAAGUCGGCCUUCAACGCCACAAGGACAUCCAGAAUACCCUCAUCGAGGAACUCUCCUCCAAGUCUUUUGUCUUUGCGACAGACUUCCAAUGGCUCGUUGAUGACAAGCUCGAGCUAUAGCGGCUUCCCGAGUCUCGAAACGAUCGUCCAGGAUGAGAACGUCCCUCCUCCGGGCCAUGAGGACUCGCCUCCCCUGAAGGAGAGCUCCAAGCCAGCGAAGAGUCGCCUUCCCAAGUCUCGGACUAUGAAUGCUCUGAGCGAGCUCAAGAACUCCAUCUCCAAGCCGUCAUUGAACGCAAGACCGGCCGGUAUUCGUCCUCCCGGCGACCAAUCCCGUCAAGUAUCUUCAUCAUCGUCCAUGUCGAUCAAAAUCUUCACCUCGAGCUCCUCGCGUCUUCGCUUGCCACGACCCUCCUUGGCGUCUCUCUCCCGUCGAUCCAGCGGCUCGAGCACUCUUGAGAACCAGGAACCCCCUGAUCCUCGAAAGGUUAGCACGGCGCAGCCAUCAGAGUACUGGUCUGGUCGCUUCGUUUCCCUCAACGAUCGUUUCGCAGCCGAAGAAUUUGAGAGAGACAUGGCAGCUUUGCCCUUUUUGCCUCCCUCUGAGCCUCCUCAGAAGCAAACCAUCAAGCCUGACCGUGCCGCUGCUAAUUAUCGACCAACCCAUCUCUCGCACUCCACAACCACAUCGGCGCUGACUGCUUUGACGUCGUCAAAGCCAGAAGAAUCUCUCGAAGAUGAUGAAGACGCUCGAUGUAUCCGAAUUUUCCGACAUCUUGACUGCCUCUGCUCGACGAAUGAGGCUCGUCGUUCGCUGCGAGAUUGGCAGCAAACAUACGCCCGUCGGAUGGGGAAGCCCGGACUGCUUCCCAAAGGAGGUCGAAUGGAAGACCAGACCCUCAUGGGAAAGAUCUUGAGUAGCCUGCCACGAAAGAACGACAGACGAGCCUUGUCUGGGAUGCGCGAGGCUCCGAAUGUGCAGGAUGCGAGAAAGCCCAACGCUAUCCCUACUGCUGCUGUCGCAGGACGCAAGAAGAGGCUGACCAUCUACUGA